GGAAGCUAAUAUGAAAGAGGAGAAAUAUCCUCAACCCAUUGGCUAGUCACUGAGAGCAAUGCCAGUUAUUUAGCACUGGAGGCAGGGCUUAGCUGGCUGACUCAAACCUCAUUGAUUGCUUAUCUCUAAAGGGCAGGGUUCCAGUGUCAAAAUGCCAGUUAAGUGUUGUCUCUUUCCCCUGUUGUGGGUCAGCAGGUGAUAAAGUGGUCACACUAGCUAAGGUAGGUUUCCAAGGAAAGAGCCUUUCCCAGGAAACUUAAUGUGCUUUUGAGUUCCUUGCAAGGUGCAGGAAGAGGGACCAGAGCCUAGUCCUGAGAGGUAUGGGAGGAUACUUUUCUUUUUCAGUAACUGUGCUUUCAGCAAAGCAACUGAGAUAUUUUGUUAAAGGGCAGGUGUAUAAGUUAGGGCAGCUUGUUUAUAUUAAGAAUAUCAAAAUCAUGCAAUAUCUGGAUGGAAAGUCUGUGUUUUUUCUACUGAGCAGGAAAAAUAUGAACUAUAGCACAGCUAAUGCUCUUUGCUGAAAUAAUGUACCACCAAAAGUGCAAAAUUAUUGUGUUUUACAUGCAUAUGUGUGUAUUAUGGCAGUACCUGGUAGUAACUCCCAUGUGUGUAUAAAAUGGUUAAAAAAAAUAAUUUGAGGAUUUUAGUUAAUUGCAAAUCCCAGUUUUCCUGUGCUGGGAAUCUAAGAGGGGAGGAGACUCUGAUUAAAAAUGGAUGAUCUUCCUUUUGUGCUACUGCAUGAGUGCUGGCUAGUUUAUUUAUUUUCACGGUCCAAAGUGAGCGAACUGCAAACAAGGAUUUCCCUACUCAAGUUGAUAAAAUGUUGAGACCCCUCCUAGUUCGUAAAGAAACCUGCUCAGCUCCUUUUCAGGUUCAAGGGUGUUCUUUGGAGAAGUUACUUUGAGGCUGAGACCCCAUUAGCUGUAACAAUCUCUCUCCUGUCUGGAAACAACCUCUAUUUAUUCUUCUUGCAAGUAACCUCCUAAAAUAACUGGAAAAAAUAGAAGGAAAAAUACGGAAUGGGUGGGAUUUUUGAAUGGGUAACUUGGUGCUGACUCUGGUUAGUGUAUAACCAUUUCACAGGUUCCAGGGUUUGUGUGGGUCCUUCGCACAGCAGCAAAAGCAAAGGGUGCGGGGGGGGGGGGGAUUUUAAAUUGGGAAAAUGUGACUGUUAAAUAAAACCAUUGGCGAGGGCCGCUCGAAGGCAGGCGCAGCCCCUGAAACUACUUAUAACUGUUUUAUAAAAAACUGACUAAAGAUUUCAAACUGCCACGAUCCCUUUAUAGUAAGAGAAGGAAGCCUGCUUUCUUUUUCCCCUGUAAGGCUGUGGCGCUUGGAAGAACAGCAUGCAGGAUCCCAGCAGUACAAACGCCCUCCCCCCGCUGUUUUACACUGGCUCCAGCCUGUGUGUCUCACUCUCUCAGGCUGCUGCUUGCUGGGUGUGGCUAGUGCUGCUUUAUUGGAGAUUCCAGCUGUGGCUGUCUGUCAGUUUCCGCCCCCAAAGAGGAGUGAGUUUUCAGGGACUGGGAGCUGCGGUAGGAAGAGCAGGAGCAGCAGCACGCGGAGAUCAGGUUUGCUUUCUCCAGGGGAUUGGGAGAGAAAUGAACCAUCUGAAGAAGCCCCCCCGCUCUGUUACUACCACGAGUUUUUCUUCAGAGCAACUUUGAUUGUGGGUUCUCUUCUCUGGAGCGGCUGUAUGUGUAGAUAGGCUGCCGAGAAGCUCUCAAACUGCAAUCGAUCAGAUUACAAAGGGUGGGUGUGUGUGUGUAGGGGGGCUCAUUCAGAAAAGAGGCUCGAAAGGCAAAUGAACCGGGCUGUCAAGCCAAAGAGCUGGAUCCACAAAGAGCCUGCUAUAAUCUGGACCUUUGCCUGGUAGGGACUGUAAAACGGCCACCUUUCAUGAAUGCCGGCAGAACUCAAACAGGAGCAAAGCCCCAGCAACCAGACAUCAAUAACAAUGAUGCAAGAGCCUCAGGAGAUGGUAGAGGAGACUGUUACUGUUGAGGAAGACCCGGGUACCCCUACUUCCCAUGUGUCUAUUGUGACUUCAGAAGAUGGAACCACAAGGAGAACUGAGACUAAGGUCACAAAAAUGGUCAAAACAGUCACUACUAGAACAGUACGCCAGGUCCCCCUGGGGCCUGAUGGCCUGCCUGUAAUGGACAGCUCCUCUCCCAUGGGCAGCUACACAGAUUCAAUAGACAGAAGAUACAUGAAGAAUGGCGAGCGUUACAUCACACCACAAGCUUCGUCCACGUUGACCAGAUCUUACAAUAGCUACGAUUCUUAUCCCGACGGCCAUGAUAGCCAGUAUCGCCCUUUUAUCAGCCACGAUGGCUACGGAGACCUAGCUGACAAUUAUGGCAGCUUGUCACGUGGCAUCAACUACCGUCCUCGCUAUGCUUACAUGCCAGGAAACAAUUACCGGCCAGAGGAUGGUAGUUUCACCUUGCCAAGCAGAAGGGAUAACUAUGGUCCCAUCGCCCAGCCCCAAGUGCCAACAGGCAGCAACGUUGACUUGAAUCGCUCCCAGCCAGAACGUUUCCAGCCAGAGCCUUAUGGGCUAGAGGACGAUAACCGCAGCCUUGGGGUAGAUGAUGAAGGGUAUGAACUGGACCCAGAUUACUCCACAGUGAACCGAAGGACAUCUGCAGGGGUGCCUGAGAGGGGGAGACCUCACAAAGGAAGGGGCUACGAUGACCCUGUUGAGACAGAGAUGGUUGACGAAAGGAUCCCUUACCUUCACGGUGGCUACGCAGCACCAUUAGCGCAGCCUGAGAGGGGGAGCAUGGCUAGCAUCGAACGCCUGGGCAAGCGCUCCCCCUCGAUUGACAGCAUCCGCAAAGACCCCAGGUGGCGGGACCCUGACCUCCCUGAAGUGAUUGCCAUGCUCAGUCACCCCAUCGAUCCAGUCAAGUCCAACGCGGCAGCAUACUUGCAGCACCUGUGCUAUGAGAACGAUAAAAUAAAAAAGGAUGUGAGGCAUCUCAAAGGGAUUCCCAUCUUGGUGGGGCUGCUAGAUCACCCAAAGCCAGAGGUCCAUCGCAAAGCUUGUGGGGCUCUCAGAAACAUCUCUUACGGGAAGGAUAACGAGAACAAGGUGGCUAUAAAGAACUGCGAUGGGAUCCCGGCAUUGAUCAGGUUAUUGCGGAAGACAAACGACAUGGAAGUCAGAGAGCUCAUUACAGGCACUCUUUGGAACUUGUCAUCCUAUGAACCCCUAAAGAUGGUGAUCAUUAACCAUGGCCUUCAGACUCUGACAAAUGAGGUGAUUAUCCCCCAUUCCGGAUGGGAGAGCGAGCCGAAUGAGGACUCUAAGCCUCGGGAUGCUGAAUGGACCACGGUCUUCAAGAACACAUCUGGCUGCUUGCGGAAUGUAAGUUCAGAUGGCGCAGAAGCUCGCAGAAGACUAAGAGAGUGUGAUGGCUUAGUGGACGCUCUCCUUCAUGCUCUACAGUCUGCAGUAGGCAAGAAGGAUACAGAUAACAAGUCUGUGGAGAACUGUGUGUGCAUUAUGCGAAACCUUUCAUAUCACGUCCACAAAGAGGUCCCAGGAGCCGACAAGUACCAAGAGCAGGAUGCAAAUCAACCUACCAGCACAGGAGGCUCUCAGAAGAAGAAAAAAGAUGACGCUGGCUGCUUUGGAGGAAAGAAAGCUAAAGAGGAGUGGUUCAAUCAAGGAAAGAAAAAUGGAGAUCUGGACAGGAACUUUGAUACACUUGAUUUGCCCAAACGGUCUGAAGCAGCAAAAGGCUUUGAAUUGCUCUACCAGCCAGAGGUGGUCCGGCUCUACCUCUCGAUCCUCACUGAAAGCCAGAACUUCAACACUUUGGAAGCUGCAGCAGGUGCUUUGCAGAAUCUCAGUGCUGGAAACUGGACAUGGUCCACGUACAUCCGUGCAACAGUACGAAAGGAGAGAGGCUUACCAGUCCUCGUUGAGCUUCUCCAGUCUGACUCUGACAAGGUUGUGAGAGCUGUGUCAAUUGCCCUGAGGAAUCUCUCUAUGGAUCGUCGCAAUAAGGAUCUCAUAGGUAGUUAUGCCAUGGGUGAACUGGUAAGAAAUUUGCCUAGCAGACAGCAGAGAUCCGCUAAAAACCUGGAAGAGGAUACAGUGGUUGCAGUCUUGAAUACCAUCCAUGAAAUCAUUACUGACAGUUCAGAAAAUGCAAGGUCCCUGAUCCAGACACAGGGCAUUCAGAAGCUGGUAGCUAUCAGCAAGUCAAGCCAGUCCCCCAGGGAAACAAAGGCAGCAUCUCAUGUUCUUCAGAUGGUCUGGAGCUACAAAGAGCUACGAAGUGUCCUACAGAAGGAUGGAUGGAACAAAUCCCAUUUCCAGUCUGUCUCUGCAGCACCAAAGGGAUCCAAAGGUACAUCUGGCAAGUCUGGCUAUGACGACAGUACUCUGCCACUGGUGGAUAAAAGCCAAGAUAAUGAGAAGGCUGGAAGUCGUGAUAUGAUUCCUCUGGAUGAACUUGGUCCAGAUGGGUACUCCACCAUCGAUCACCGGGACAAAGAGCGCAAAUACAAGACCAAUGACACUAUAGGGGACGCAUCGGAGAAAGAACCUUUAAAAAAUGACACAAAUAGGAAAAACAUUAACAGGAGUAACAGGGCUUCGGUGAAUCUGGUGGAUGCCCGUGACAUUAAACCCCAGCCUGUUGACUCCUGGGUCUAAUUUGCAUGCAUGGGCUAGAGUCCAACUGCUUUUUUUUUUUUUUUUUUUUUUUUUAUACUGAGGGGAAAAAACAAAUUUGAACCAACACAGAGGAUCUCAUUAAUCACCACUGCCAUUCAAAUUCGGAGGGCGCUGCAUCAGUGAACAGUCUGCAGAUUCUAGGAGGGUGUGGGGAGAAAACAGACAACUGCCAUCAGCCAACCCCGGAGCACCAUGCCUUAAAGCAAGACAAUUUGCUUUUUAAAACUCAAUUACAUUCCCACCAGACACAGCCACCUCCCUUUGUCCCCCUCCCCCAAAAGAAGAAAGAAUCUAAGCUUACAUCUAACUGGUGACUCUUAAAUGAGGAUGGUGCCAAGGAUGAGAAGAGACGGUCACGUGGUGGGAAAGAGGACAGCUUUGCAAGUGAAAGAGGAACUGCAGAAUAUUUGAAAUAUAUCUUAGGUAUAGUCAUGAGGAAACUAGCACUUUUCAUUUGUUUUUGUUUUUUGGGUUUUGUUUUGAACUGUGAAUUUAAUUUUUAAAAGAUUUUUAUAUUAGGGAGUUUGGUUUUUUUGGUUUUGAGCUUUUAUUUUUUUUUCACAAGAAAUGCAGGAACGUUGAGUGGGUUUGUUGGAUUUUAAAGAAAGGAGAAAAAACUAUUUCGGCUGGUUGAACGAACUGGAAUGUAGACAACGAAGUUGAUGCAAGCUGUAUAAUCUGCUAUUAGAGGAAGCGAUAUCACACUGUGCUAUAUUAUCAUUAUAAUCUGGUGUAAAAUACUUCUGCCUUUUGACUUCUGUAAUGGUUCUAUUUUUACUUCCACAUAUGUAAACAGUUUGUUGAAGGUUUCACUGUCCCAAUUCAGAAAUUUGUGCUGAGAAAUGGAGUUGGCUGCCUUUUUAUUUUUGUUGCUCAUGAUGAUUGCAGUAAAGGAGUUGCUUUUUUUCCCCCCCAAGUGUUGAUGUUGGGUUGAUGGUUAUUUAAUCUUUAACAUAAUUUUAUUUCCCAUAGCUGUUAACACAUCGGGGAAGAAUGGAAACUUCCUCAUUAGGAGUUCCCAUUAGAACACACUGUAAUCUGACGCCCCUUAUAUUUUUGAUGAUAGACUCAGUUGCCAUUGGAUCCAUGCGUGUUUUCGGCUGUCGAGCCUGAUGAAAAGUAACUGAUAUAUUUCUUAAAGAAAUCAUCAUCCUGGUUUUGUUGUGCUGCUUUUUAUUUUUAGGUUGCACACUUAAGUAAGGGUAAAAUUCAGCCUCUUGCUGAGGGUCUACUCAAAGCCACCUGGUAGGCCAUAGGCAGACUCUCUGCACAAGGUUGAAUUUGUGCCCCUCCCAGUCACAUUUUACACAGAUGCUAUCUGGUGAUGCUAUGUAUUAAAUGCAAAUCAUUGAUUUCCUUUGGGUUUUGAUCCAAUGAGGGAGAAGGAUGAAAACAAGAAUCAAAUCUCUCUCCUAGCAUUGGAUGGAUGCCUUUUACUUAUUUUGUUUAGUUACCAUUGUCAUUUGGUUGCCAUGUUUACACCUACAAGUUCUUAAAUACAGUGUGACUGGAAAGCACAUCUUUGAAUCAAGCAAACUUAAUUUUAGGUUUUCAGUGCCUGCCAUUUCCUUUGUAAUUUAAAAAUGAAGAAGAAAAAACCCACAACAAAAAACGAAAUAUUACUGUAAUAGUAAACGUCUAAUUUUUUGUACAAAAUUAAAAAACUAAAAAAAAAGCAAGCCUCAAGAGCUUCGUAUCUUCUUGAGUAUAAUAAAAUUUGACAAAUACAUAUCUAUAAAUAAAUAUAUAUAGUUGUGCAGAGGAUAGGUUGCCAAAACCGUGCAAGUAGUAUGCAGGAGGACUGUUGAUUCAGGGAAAGACUGAUGCUCGAGCUACAGGCACUAACUUGAUCCCCCUUCCCAUCCCACUCACGCACAGAGAGGUUACGUCUGGGUCCUAAGAAAGGUGAAGUUGCUGGGAGAUUGGUUAUGUUUACCCUGGUGAGAGAGUCCUGUGAGGUCAAAGAUGCUCAGCUGGACAAGGGAGGCAAAGACAGAUCCAUCUGUGACCAUUUGGAUUCUGAUGGGCGGGGAGUUUUUUCUUCUUGUAGAUGUAAAGCAUAGAGUGAAACCAGAUACAUAGUUUUACUGUAUAUUCUAACAACGGUGCUCUUUUCAUACUUGUUCUACCGAUAAGUGGAGACCCUUUUAACCAGGCUGUUACACAGAAGAGUUUUAUACUGCUUUGGGUUCUGUACCUUGUGUGUUUUUGUAUAUGAAAGGAUUUUUUUUAAAAAAAACUUUCUUCAGCAAUUAGCAAUGGAACCUUCUUUGUAGCCUAUUAGAAGUGCAUAAGGAAGGGUCCCAGGAGACUCGGGUAUCAGAGUAUUGUAUUUACCAAAGGAGUCUCAGCAAAAGAUUACUGCAGAUAACUAGCCAAAUGUUGCAAGGCUUUUCUGCUAAGUCUUUGCGAUGUAGUCAUUCUACAAAUAUUCCAAAGCCAGGGAGAGGUUAGGAGGGAGAAUGGCAAAAGGGGAAGGCUGUAGGAAACACCCUGGGGAGAGGAGACUGGCAAUAAACUUAAAUGAUCUCCUAUGCAGAGAGAGGCCCCCCCAACAAAAACCUAGAUCUAAACACCCAUGCUAUAGGGAUGUUAAAAAUCUGGAUCAGAAUCCAGAUUGGGCAAAUGGCUUCUUUAUAAUGGGCCAAACAAAAAACACAGGGGUGUUUGAGAAGCAGAUUGUGUUUUAUAUUCUAAGCAGAAACCAUCCCACCCGAUUAGAAGGAAUGGAACUGGAUGCUUGGAAUCAUUGUGGGUGAUUGUUCUUUUCCCUUGUUUCCAGCUUUGUCUUUUUGUGACUGCUUUGUUUGCAAGGCUGCUUGCUCCUGAGUAAAAGACACCUCACCUCCCCCCAGUUAGUAGUAUGCGGUGUUUAUACCAAGAGGCAAAAUAUCAGGAGCAGUGUGGCUCUGACCACGCUCACCACAAUGAAGAUUUACUCAGAGUAUGUAGCAAUAACAAGAAUUUAAUCCUGUACAUUUCAUUGCUUUUUUUCUGCUCCUUUCCUGCAAGCCUUUCUCUGGACAAUGAGCAGAGAGAGGGAUCCCAGGGCUGACUUAAGACAUGAGAAUGGCCUCCAGUGUCAGCAGCAUCAGCCAUAGACCAAAUCAGGAAACCGUUUACUUUAAAAUGACGCUGCUGAUCAGUCCUAGCAUCACAUUUCAUCAAGUUGCAGUGGAAGCAUGCUGCAGGGGGUGGGCUCACCUGUGGGAGGCGCUCUUUUACAGAAAUGUAUUGGUGCAGGGCCGAUGUAUGGUAGCUAUAGCUAGCUGAUAACCUACUGGGACUUUUCAGGAUGUCUCCCCUUACCCAGCCCUUCCAAUCCCUCCCCCCACAACCCACCUGUUGCUUCCCAGCUAUGUUUGGGCUUCAUUUGAGAAGAGAGGGAAUGUGAAGGAAGGAAGCACUAGGCAUUUUAGGAGCGUUCGAAUGCAGAGGCGGGAAAGCAAUAGCGUGUGUGACAAAACCAGUCUGAAGUCAAGCAGCUCCAGGUCUCAGUUCAGUCAGGUCUCAGGAUUAGGCAUGCAACCGCCUCCCUGCCAUUUGCUCCAGACGCCUGCACCAUGACAGCCGGAGAUCAGGCCCACAGAGGAGCAAGAGCUAGAAAAAAACACCCCAGAGUUUCUAGUGUGUCCUUGUGGAGGAAGCUAGCAGGACAGUGGGUGCAGGCUUUCUGUUGAUCAGGAGGAGGCGGGAACCUCUGUUGCCUCAGCUAGAGGGCUGUGAUAAAGUGGGGGAUAGUUUGAUUCCCUCGGGGACUCAAGUUAUCCCACGGAGCUCUGUCCCCAGGAAGCAGCCCUAGCACAGCCCAUGGCACUACGCUGUGACCACUGAAGAAAACAAGUGCUAAUUUUGGUGGGGCUCCCAUGACUCAGGAGCCCCCUGUGGCUGUAGGUUUGGCUGCUGUGUAUUGGAGUAAUAGCUGUACCGAGUCAAUAGGUUCCUACAGAUACCCAUGGUGGGCCAGGCUGUGCUCAGUGCGGGAUCCUGGGAGGGGUGCGGACAUAUGGGGCUCCAAGCUAAGCCACCUUUCUGCUCUCCUGAUUCUGGAGCUCGCCAAGUACCAGUUCACCCCUCUGCAUAACUUGGAGAGGCCCAAAGACUAGUGGCUGGACUGGUGGCCCACAGAUCAGUUUGCCGGCUGUAGAUUCCUGGAGUUUGGUGUGCUCUGGCCACCCCUAGCUAUGUUCUCAGGAAUGCCCCCUACAUAGGGUAGAGUGAAUAGUGCAGAGCAAGCACCACCCUUCUUUACCACCCAGGGAUUGCUCCUACAGCUCUCAGAGCAGCACUGUCUCUAAAACAUCAUGAAUAGGACUGGUUUUGGGGACCAGGAACUGGCCCAGGAUAGGGAGACACACAGAGGAAGUAGUGGUUUGCAAGUAUGGUUCCACCACUCCAGUAAGCUCUUACCAAUACUGAUGAGAAUUCGUGACACGUGGCCUGCUACACACAAGGCUUGUGAUAUGCAAAGCACUUUUUCACCUGGGUUCAACUCCCAGAGCAUUAGGAUGGAGGGUCUCCCACUUUCGUUACUUACCUGCAGCUUACUGUGCGGUUUAGGCUUGAUUACCAACAGGGAUGGGGGCAUUAUAAGUUCCUGGACAGCGGAGGCAAAGUUUCUGGGGCCAACGGCCAUAUUAAUGAGAUUGAUUUUAUUGCUUCCUGCUGUGACACUCCUCAUGGCCUCACUCUUUCUUUGAAAACCGUGAUGUGCUAAUAGCUUCAGCCCAUGCUUUUGUGCUGUUGGGGUUGGGGGUCUCUGUCUCUCUCUCCCCACUCCCCCCAUACUUUCAAAGGUGUUUAUAGAGGUAUAGUUUCUAGCAAAGUCUCUUCACUGUUCUGCUCCUAAAAACUGAUGUUUCCUUACCUUUCACAGAAAGGUUUUCCUCUGAUUAUCGUACAGUAACUAGUCUAGUGCAUUAAGGGACAGUAUUAUAAACGGUUUUUUUUCCCUGUCUUAAAUUUACAUUGGGGUAGAAUGUUCAGAAACACGAUUGCAGGAUGAGUCAUGAGGAGGAAAGAGCAUAUGCUGCAAAACCUGCCGAUCCAGUUGAGGAUAUAAUUGUUCAGCAAAACAAAAACAUAACUAGACUAAGAAGCUUACUGGUAAUUAGUAGCUAAUGUGUUUGUAACUAUCAUGUGCCUUAAAAUUUUCAUGGUAGGAAAAUAAAGAAAAAAAAAAUCACCAAUGUGUUUUCUGUAAUACUACUCAACAUUAUCGCUGUAGUUUAGACUGGUGGGUUUUUGCAUUGUAUUUACACUGUACUAUAAACUGGAACACUUAGAAUGGUUUUAUUUUAAGAGUAAGAUGGGGGGGGGAUAAAAGAUAAUUAUGCUUUCAUAGAACAAAUGUUACCAUAACAGAAUGUAUUAUUAUAGGAAUUUUCCAUAACACCGAUAAGUAGAAUGCUUGUUAGAAACCAGGUAUGUAGGAUAACAGUUUGGUGUGUUUUCAAUAAACCAUGCCUGGAAAGAACAUGUGUGCCAUUGGUUAUUUGUAUUUGUUACAUCAGAUGUUCUAAAUAUUCUCUGCCACAUAACAUCAUUCAGCCAGGACACAGGGUAGUGGGACCCUAGCACAGGCCAGCAGUGUGCUGCGAAAAAACCUCUGGUAAUGAAAGUGAUUGGUGUAUGCUUUAAUGUACUGCAGCUGGAAACGGUAAUUCUAUGGCUUACGUCAGCAUUAUAGCAGAAAGCCAUAUAAUAACUUUGGAGUGUAGAUCAUGGCUUUACUAAGACACAAGGGUGUUUCUGUGGAGGGAGGGAGACAUCUGUAUGGGUCUGUUCAAAGGACUGCACAUUUGGAUUGACAAGCAUAUCUUACUGAUGGCUUACUGAUGACAAGCAUAUCUUACUGAUACCAUUUGUGAGGUCACUGCCCUUUCCCCACGCUUGCUGAUGAAAUAUUUUAGUACACCACGUCACAUGGCUGUAAAGUGUGCGUGCGUGUGUGUGUGUGUGGGGGGGGGUUAAAAAAAAUCAGAUGCUAGGAAUUGACUGGAGCUAGAUGCAUGCUUUGGGUGAGGUGUGAGACUUCUCUUGUGCUUUUCUUUUUUACAUGCUUUUGGGGUAUAUUAGAUAAUUUAGUUUUCCUGCUGUGUGGAAGGGAGAUCCACCCAGAAGCUGAGGAGACAACUUUCCAGUACAUGACAUGGCCCAUUGCUGACAGAUCGGUUGUGUUAAUUUUGAUGGAAUAGCUGGGCCCAGGCAAUCAACGGUGUUAACGUGAUCCUAUCACUGUACAACACUAAAGACUUAAACAUGGUUCAAGGUUCUGAGUACAGAGACCUCAACCUGCUUAGUCUCAUGACAACCGUCCCCAUUAAACAUUUUAUAACCUUGCGUUGAAGGUGCAGUAAAAGAGAGAAAAUCAGUCAAAGCAUUUCAAAUGUCAAGUAUUAAGUAAGGCUUUCAUUUUACUAUAUUUCUCAUUCCCUUUUCCUUCAGCAGUAGAAAGUUUUUAUAGGGAACGCCCCAGCCUGCCCCAUUUGACAGUCUUUUAGAAUCGGAUAACUGUUCUUUUUUGGGGGAAAGAGAAGUUAGUUCAGCUGGCCUGGAGCUGAUGAUAAAGACCAGUCCCAUUCUCUUGAAGAUCACACAAGACAAAUGGACACACAACAUGACAGCAAAGAACCACCAAUGUAGAAAAUGCAGUUUCUGUCUCUGGUCCCGACUCCUGUAGCAACUCGGGACAGCACACGAUCUUAUCAGUCAACCCCAAGACCUGGCAAACCAGUAUGAGCAUUGGGAGGUAUAGGGCAUUGCUUUUAGCUGCCUAUCUGCUCAUGAGCUUAUAGCAGUGUUGUAAAAAAUGCCAUCUUGUCUGGCUAAGCCAGACCCUUACUAGACAGAAGACAAUUUGAGAAAGAUAGAAAAGAGAAGAAAUAAGGUGGAGAAAGGUCAAGGACACAUGAGGGAGGGGUGACAGCAGGAACCCAAGUCUCCCAUUUCAGGUGCUAUUUAGAACUUAACCAAAGUGGUAGAAGUGAUGAUGUUAUUGGUUCCCUCUCUCUGGCCUGGAUUGGUCAGGACACCUUUCAGGUUCAGGACAAUGAAGGCCUAACAGUGUGGUACUGGAUCUUGGCAUCCCAAGAGAUGGUGGGAGUAGCAGCCAUAAUGAUAAAGUUCUCUCCUUCCAGUAUACCAAUUUCCACCAUUUUGUUUUUCCCUAAAGACUUUGUUUUUUUUUUUUUUUUUUAAAGAAUCCCCUAAAGGAGGUGAUGAGUGGCACAGGCCAUCUCCUCUGUAUUCGGUCUACCAAUUAGAUUAGUUAAUUUCUGAUUCCAUUCUUCUUUUGUUUAUUAGUCAUGACCUUAACACAGUCCUUGGGUGGUAUUAGCAGAUCUUUUUGUUUGACCUAAUCCAGUCUUUCACUUCUGUCAACUUUUAUAUAACAACUGUAUGUAACAGGCUGAGUUGGAUAUUUGUGACCUUGGACAACAUAGAGAACAAACCUCUGCACAGCAGAUCUUCUCUGAGCUACACCCUUGAGGACAGACUCUCCCUGGCAGGUUUAUCAAUGUUGAUCAGAUCAGAGAGAUUGAUGUGGCAAACAGUGUCACACUUCCUGACCCCCACUCAUCAAGCAUGGGAAAGGCCCAGCAAAAAUCUGUAGCAGUAAUAGUACCCUGCAGUGAGCUGGCAAGCAAGAGGAGGCAAGGUUCUCCCUGGAAGUUAAACAGUGAAUCAUAUUACCAGUCAAACGUCAUUAUACCAUUAAUAAGUUAUCACUUUUGAGGUUCCCAAGAUGCUUGUUAGCAGUACUGGGGAGUUUAUCUUCAACUUCCCUUCCCUCCUUUAAAUCUCAGAUGUCUGGAAUG